AUGGCUACUGUUUCUUCCCCCUCUCCUUGUUGCACGUCACAACAGUUAUUGCUUGGUAUAAAAGCAUUUUUGAAGCUUGUUAUAUUUAUUUGUAUAAUAGGUGCUGCAACGUCUAAUCGUUUGUUUUCAGUUAUCCGUUUUGAGUCAAUCAUCCACGAAUUUGAUCCAUGGUUUAAUUUCAGAGCUACUAAAUAUUUGGUGGCCAACGGGUUCCAUAAAUUCCUAAAUUGGUUUGAUGACAAGACAUGGUAUCCAUUGGGUAGAGUUACUGGUGGUACCCUAUACCCAGGUUUAAUGACCACUUCUGGUUUAGUCUGGCAUAUUUUCAACAACUAUUUGGGUUUACCAAUUGAUAUUCGUAACAUCUGUGUUUUGUUUGCACCUGCCUUCAGCGGUAUUACUGCAUUAGCUACAUAUCUAUUCACAAAACAAGUUUAUCACAACGAUGAAAUUGCCGCAUUUUUAAGUGCUGCCUUUAUUGCUAUUGCCCCUGGUUAUAUCAGCAGAAGUGUUGCGGGCUCAUACGAUAAUGAGGCUAUCGCUAUUACAUUAUUAAUGACCUCCUUCUAUUUAUGGAUUAAAGCCAUGAAAACCGGUAGUAUUGCAUUUGGUACUUUUGCUGCUCUAUCGUAUUUUUACAUGGUUAGCGCCUGGGGUGGAUAUGUUUUCAUUACCAACUUAAUUCCAUUCCAUGUUUUUCUUUUGAUUUUAAUGGGUAGAUAUAAUCAUAAAUUAUAUUCUGCAUAUUGCACUUGGUUUAGUAUCGGUACUUUGGCUUCAAUGCAAAUCCCAUUUGUUGGAUUUCUACCUAUCAGAUCUAACGACCAUAUGAGUGCCUUGGGUGUUUUUGGUUUAUUGCAAUUUGUUAUGAUUGCUGACCAUAUUAAAAGUAAGAUUAGCAGCGCCCACUUCAAGAUUUUUAUAACUUCUUCCAUUUUAAUUUUAAUCGGGAUAGGUAUCUUGGGUGUUGUGGGAUUAACCUAUUUAGGCCUCAUUGCACCAUGGACCGGUAGAUUUUACUCUUUAUGGGAUACAAGUUAUGCCAAGAUUCACAUUCCAAUCAUUGCCUCGGUUUCUGAACAUCAGCCAACUGCUUGGUCUUCCUUUUUUUUUGACACGCAAUUUUUGAUUUGGCUAUUCCCAGUUGGUGUCUUUCUAUUAUUUACUGAAUUGCGUGAUGAGCAUGUAUUUGUUAUCGCUUAUUCUGUGUUGUGUUCGUAUUUUGCUGGUGUCAUGGUCAGAUUGAUGUUGACAUUAACUCCGAUUAUAUGUGUCUGUGCUGCAAUUACAAUUUCUAAGCUAUUCCACGUUUAUUUAGAUUUCCGCGACUCUGUGAUCAAAAACAAGACUGAUAGACUAAUCAAAACGGUUACUAAUUUGAUUGUUAGUUCUGUAUUUUUGAGCUAUUUGAUUUUCUUUGUGUACCAUUGUACCUGGGUUACUUCCAACGCUUAUUCCUCUCCAUCAGUUGUUCUACUAUCGGGCCAAACUAAUCAAGACGGCUCCCCAGUUUAUAUUGAUGAUUUCAGAGAAGCUUACUACUGGUUGCGUUCUAAUACCGCUGAAGAUAGCAAAGUUGCAUCAUGGUGGGAUUACGGCUACCAAAUUGGUGGUAUGGCUGAUAGAACUACAUUGGUUGAUAACAACACAUGGAACAAUACACACAUUGCUAUAGUUGGUAGGGCCAUGUCAUCACCUGAAGCCAAGGCUUAUGAAAUAUAUAAGGAAUUAGACGUAGACUAUGUCCUAGUUGUCUUUGGCGGGCUUUUAGGCUACAGCGGUGAUGAUAUUAAUAAAUUUCUGUGGAUGAUUAGAAUUAGUGAGGGCAUUUGGCCGGAGGAAAUUCAAGAAAGAAAAUUUUUCACUGAAAAUGGGCAAUAUCGUGUUGAUGAAUUUGCUACCGAUACCAUGAAAAACAGUUUGAUGUACAAAUUGAGUUAUCAUAAUUUCCCUGAGUUAUUUUCCGCAGGCAAUAUGCCCGCUGUAGAUAGAGUUAGAGGGGCUACUAUUAGAUCACAGGAUGUUGGUAAUUUAGAUUACUUUGAGGAGGCUUUUACCAGUGAAAACUGGAUGGUUAGAAUAUACAAGUUGAAAGACUUGGAUCCUGAAGGCAGAAAUUUGAAAGAUGUUGCUGAUUUUGAAAGAACUGGUGCUGCUCAGAAAAAAAUUGUUAAAAAACCACGUUUGGAACCAAGGUUGUUAUAA